GUUUGACUAAAGAACACGGAGGAAACGUGUAAAGACUUAAUGAAUCAAAAAGUAAAUCGCUAGCAUAACCUUUCGCCUCAACCAAUAUGCAUUGCAAUGAGAUGAUAAUAAGGGCGUUGGUAGAAUACCCAAAUCCAUAAAGCGAUCAGUUGCAGCUUUGGUGUUGACUCAGUCGGAAGUUUUGCUAGUGCAAUCACACAAUUAUUUUGGAAAAAUAUUAAAAACUUAUACGACUUACAGCAAUGAGUUUGGAAGUGGAUAUGAGUCUGUUCGACAUUUUUAGGAUAUCUUGCCAAUUUAUACGCCAUAAGAUCGAGCAAUACUCUCGUGGCACCAGCACGACGACUAUUAUUAAUACGCAGUUUGGACAAGUGCGGGGCAGACAACGUAUCACCCUCCAUAAUGAUCAGGAAUUGUACUUUGCCUUCGAAGGAAUCCCCUUUGCCAAGCCCCCAUUAGGAGAUCUGCGGUUCCGCGCUCCACAACCACCAGAAUGCUGGGAGGGUGUCAGAGAUUGCACUUAUCCACGCUCAAAACCGACGCAGAUGUAUUGUAUAUUAAAUAUUGCACAUGGCUCUGAAGAUUGUCUUCAUCUCAAUGUGUACACUAAGAAGCUAUCGUCUGAGAAGCCUCUGCCAGUAAUGGUUUGGAUUUAUAGUGGAGGAUUUCAGGUGGGCGAAGCUUCUAAAGAUAUGCACGGUCCGGAUUAUUUUAUGCAAAAAGACAUUGUCUUGGUUACAUUUAACCACAGGUUGGGAGCCUUAGGUUUCCUCAGCCUAUCGGAUCCCGAUUUGAAUGUACCAGGCAAUGCCGGACUUAAGGAUCAAGUGAUGGCUCUUCGUUGGAUACACAAGAAUAUUAUCAACUUCAAUGGCGAUUCAAACAACAUUACGCUAAUGGGCAUGAGCUCGGGUGCUGCCUCAGUGCAAAUUAUGAUGACUACGGAACAGACACGAGGCCUCUUUCACAAGGCAAUCCUGAUGUCCGGUUCAUCAUUGUGCCACUGGGCCAACGAUAUGAAGUACAACUGGCCAUAUAGACUUGCCUGUUACCUUGGCUAUAAGGGCACCAACAAUGACAAAAACGUCUUGCACUUCUUGCAGGGUGCUUCAAGUACACAAUUAGCCAGAUGCAAUGCCAUCUUGAGCCAGGAAGAGAAACGAGACUACCUUCUAUUUCCAUUUGUGCCGACUGUAGAGUCAUAUAUCACUGAAGGGUGUGUGAUAUCAGAGCCCAAUGUGAAUACACUUUCAAAGGCCUGGGGCAAUGAAAUUCCCGUUAUCAUUGGCAGCACCUCAUUUGAGGGCUUGUUCUCUUAUCAGUAUGUUAAGCGAGAUUACACGCACUUUUUGUCAGAUUUCAAGACUAUGAUACCUCGAGAGGUAAGGGAAACCUGCAACCAAGAGCAAUUAGAGGAUCAUAUCAAGCAACUCAAACUGCAUAGCUUUAAGGAUGCUUCGCGGGAUUGCAUGGAAUUCAACGAAUGCCUGGAAUUGCUUUCCAUGAAGCACUUUAGACAUGCAGUUCAUCGUACUGCGCUCGCUAGAUUGGCCUAUGCUCCCAGAAUGCCAACUUACCUUUAUCGCUUUGACUUUGAUUCACCUACGUUCAAUUUUUUUCGGCUUCUUCUCUGUGGUCCCGAUCAGAGAGGUGCUGCACAUGCCGAUGAUUUCUUCUAUAUGUUCUACGGUGUUCCAGCAUUCAAAGUGAAUUACACCUCUCCAGAAUACCAAACCAUCGAACAUAUUAUCAAUAUGUGGACUACGUUUUCAACACAUGGAAAUCCCAAUUAUGGUCAGACUGCGCCAAUCACUUGGGAGCCUCUUAAGCCAUAUGUUCCUCAGAUGUGCCUAAAUAUUGGUAGGCGCUUAGAGUUUAUUGAGCUACCUGAAGCAAAGGAAUUGAAGCUAUGGGACAGCUUCUAUGACAAUAUAAAUUUGUUCUGAGCCUCAUGAGAAUGGGUGACAAUAGUUAACAGUUGUUCAUUUUCUGGAAAUCUUUCAAAUAAAGAACUGCAAUGGAUCACAGCUUAUUUUAACCACCACCAACCGGACUCUGUAUACUGGCCAAACUAAAAGAGGUAUUGAAUUUAUUUAAUCGCACGAUUUUAGUUUAAUGUUCAAUCAUAAAAGAUAUUCUUCCAUUUAUUUUCUAAACUUUUGUUUACUAUAUAAAAUUCUUGAAAAUAAUGGAUCUUUAUUAAUCUAUUGCCUUGUGUAUAGUAUUUUCAAUGCUUAGACUAUAGUUAAAAGUUGUUUAUUUUAUGCAAAUCUUGCAAAUAAAGACGCUGCCUAUUUUCUUUGUAAAGCGUCACAGAUGACGCACAACUUCAUAUAAAAAAAGACCUAUCAAAAAUUGAUGUCAAAUCAGCUGUUUCACAGAUGGCAAAGUGAACACAAACCUAAACAUGGAUAAUUUAAAACAAUUAAAUAUAAAUCGUGUUAGGCAUUUUCUCGUAAAGAAAAAUAACAAUAAUGGAAACUGUGGAACCGCAGAAAUUCAUUUGGAAUUUAAAAUAAAAAAUAUUACAACCAAGUUACAAUAAUAUGAACAUACUUACUAUGUGCUUGGGAAACUGUUACCAUAAAAAUAGAGAAUGAAUGUAAUUUCAUCUGAUUUUAUACCCAAAAUGACUUUAUACAUAGUUUGCAGGGUUUACUGUGGCUACAUGUUAGCCAUGAACUCAUCUGCCGGUUCUUCUCAUCAUUAGAAAGACUUCUCCUUAGUUUAAUAUAACUCAAUACAGCAACACAAAAAUCAAAGAAUCAAAAUCAGUUACUUUUUGCAUAAAACUGGACAUUAGUAUGUACUUAUGAAAAAGUUCCUCACUGACAACAAAUGAACAAGCUGCUACCCGACUUGUGAGCGAAGAGAAUUAUGCUGCUUGCAUCUCUAAACGAAAAUAAGAAACGUACUAAGGAUUGAACAAGUAUUUAAUUUACAGGCUAUGUCUUUAAAGAUCUUCAAAGUCCAGUAAUGUAAUACAUGAGAUGUAAGUGAUAACCACUUCGCAACUGUUGAUGCAAUUAUGUUAUUACCAAUUUUGAGUCUUUGGAGUCUUCGUGACACUGUACAAUUGAUAAAUCAGCCAGAGGAGGCUGGGAAUAUGAUAUGAUAUGAUGAUCAUCAAUAAUUAUGGUGGCAACAAAUUUGUGAAAUCCACAUAAAUACAUUUCUCUCAUGAAGGCAGUAAUUUUGUUAAACUAAUGCUUCACCAAAUACUAAUUACAUUUUAUGAGAUGUACAUUAAAUCUGUACGUGCUUUAACAAUUAUUAAACACGUGCCUACCAUUAAUAAUAAUAAUAAUAAUCAACUUAUUGAACGGACCGAUUCCUUAAAUCUUUCUCGACCACUGACUUAGCAGCGCAAGUUUGAAACAAAAUUCAUUAUUCAUUAAAAAAAUAUUUAAUGCAUUCUUUUUUCUUCGUCAAUUAAAUGAAAUUAAAUGCAGAUGUGCAAGGUCCAUCAGGCUCAGUUUGGAAAAUGAGAAUCAUGCAUAGCACUAAUAGACUAAAUAAAAUAAAACUCGCUUGCUUUUAUCUUAUCAUUUCACUUCUUUAUGAAGACUCUUUUAUUGUUAGCAAGUGAUAACAAAAUAUUCAAAAUGCAGAAUCACUAUUGCCUCAACGGAGUGUAAACUGCAAUUAUACUUAUCUAAGGUCUUAACUUGGAUUCUAUAUUAACUCCACUCUUGCCUGCUCGAACAAUUUAUCGUAGAACUGUAGAUUCUCUAGCUCGGGCUGUGGGAAACAGUCUAAUUUGUCACUGAUAUUUAGACACAUUCUUUGUCCCUCUUUUGAUACAAUCGGCUUCCAUUCUACUUGAGGUUUGGUGAGCAAUGCAUUUGGAUUCGAGCGACGCGCAAACUCAGUGAACAUGGCAA